AUGAGCUCAUUCCUCACCAUCCAGCGGGAAAUUAUCCUGAACACGAUUCGCUCUACGGGAGGCAACAAUUGGAAAGUCUUGGUGUUGGAUGAAGCCAGUCGGGACUUGAUCUACAAUGCGGUUAAAGAAGAUGAUAUCCUCAACCUGAACGUCACCAAUAUCGAACAGAUCGAAGAACGACGGCAGUCCAACCAGCCGAUGGAUGCCCUUUAUAUCCUGUCCGCUCUCCCGCACAUCACCGAUUGUGUUCUAGCCGAUUUCGAGAGGAAGAGGUACAGAAAAUCAUACCUGGUGUGGACGUCAUUUCUCGAUCCCGGGCUGCGCGCUAGGUUUGAUCGAUCGCAGAUGGUCCAGGAACAGCUUGCGGGCUUCCAAACAAUUAGCAUUGACUACUUCCCAAGGGAAUCGCGUCUUGUCACAUUUCGCGACCCGUGGAGUUUCCCGGUUCUGUUCCAUCCCGAUUGCAACCAUUUGAUCCGACAGCACCUGGCAACGCUGGCACACAAAGCUGUGUCCAUCUGCGCAACCUUGGGAGAAUACCCCGUAAUUAGAUAUUAUCGGCCGAGAACCCCUACUCAUGAAGCCAGUGUACUAUGCUCGCAUUUGGCGCGGUUCAUACAAGAAGAGCUAGAUCAAUUUGCGCAGUUUAAUCGAGGCUUCCCACCCCAAUCUCCGAGGCCGCGCGGUGUCCUAUUGGUGGUAGACCGCUCGAUGGAUCUAUUCGCGCCUUUGAUCCAUGAGUUCACCUAUCAGUCCAUGGUUCACGAUUUGCUCCCCAUCAAGGAAGGGGAUAAGGUUACAUACAAGAUGGUUUUAAACAAGGGCUCUGUGAAUGAAGAAGAAAAAGAAAUGGAAAUCAACGACCAGGAUAGGGUCUGGGUUGAGUACAGGCAUAUGCAUAUGAAGGACGUGCUAGGUAAACUAGGCGAAGACUUCGCCAAGUUUCGAGCAGCUAACCCGCAGUUUGCGGACGGCAACGACAAAGUGGAUGUGGGUAUGAUUAAAGACAUGUUAGCUGGCCUCCGAGACUUUCAAGAGGGCAGAGACGCAUAUACCCUCCACCUCAACAUGGCAGAAGAGUGCAUGAAAUUUUUCCAAGAGCACAAACUGAUCGAAGUUAGUUCAGUUGAACAAAGCCUCGCAACUGGCCUCGACGAGAACUAUAAGAAAGCCAAGGGAUUAGCAUCGCAGCUUGUGCAACUAUUAGAUGAUGACACCAUCAUCCACACCGAUAGACUGCGACUCUUACUGUUUUACAUUAUAUACCGCAACGGAUUACUUCCCGGCGACAUCCGAAAACUCAUGGCUCACGCGAAUCUUCGACCGCAGGACGGACAAGUGAUUUCCAAUCUCGAACUCCUGGGUGCGAGAGUUGACAAGCAAUUGAAGGAUGACAAGCCUCCUGUCCAGCCACUGUUCAAUAGAAAACCUCCUGUGCAGUCCGAAUUCGACGAAGGGAUCCUCUCCCGGUACGACCUAAACGUUAAAAUGAUGUUAGAGGACGUUAUUCGGGGCACGCUCGACCCAUCUGUGUUCCCACCGACUCGCCCGCAUGCUGAUGCCGAUGGCAUGGCAGCACAGCAGGAUGCUCUUGCACAAACAUCUCUUCGAAGUGCAAAGCCUACUUGGGCACGAACACGCUCAACAGGAGAGCAGCCACGACAGCGUAUCAUCGUCUUCAUGGCUGGAGGUGCCACAUAUGGGGAAGCGCGAACAUGUUACGAACUAUCCGAAACUUUCAAGAAGGACAUCUUUUUGGCCAGUUCACACAUGCUCACCCCGGGACUCUUUCUCCGCCAAGUCAGCGACUUGGGCGCAGACAGGCGGCGCCUCGACAUUCCAGCUGAGCGACCAAAACCGACCGCGCCGGCGCAUCUAUUUGAAAAAGAUCCCCCGCCACCCCAACCCGCCCCCCAGAAGAAACCAAGCCCUGCACCCCCUGCGGCCGCAAUGGGAGCAAUGUCUUUGGGACCGUCUCCGCCUCCCCAAAAGCCAACCAUUGCGAGCUCUAAACCUCCGAAGGAACAGAAGGAGAAAAAGAAGCAUCGUUUCUUCAGGUAG